AUGGAGUGUCAAAAAUGUAAGAAGAUUUUAGCGAAAAAAGGAUCACACUUCAUUUGCCAAGGACCGUGUCAAGGAACUUUUCAUAGAGGUUGUGUUAAGGGUCUUUUGGCGGAUAUAAAAAAUGGGAGGAAUCGGAUCUAUUGUAAUAACUGUGAAGACGAUGGAUCUGAAGAAGAAGAACAGCAAGAAUAUUCACAGGACUACACAAAAAUGCUCAAGGACAUACAGCUAAAAGUAUCUGCCAUUCCCGGGUUCAAAAAACAACUUGUUUCAAUUACGCAAAGUUUGAGUAUGCUUUCCGAUAAGUAUGAUACUAUGAUAUUGAUAGUUGAACAUGAACAAUCAAAAGAUAAAAUACAUAAGCUUGAGAAAACUGUCGCUGAUGUCAACAAUAAAUACGACUAUUUGCAAAAAGAAAACACCGCCCUCGAACAAAAAUUACACGAAUUUGAGCAGGUAUCUCGUAAACACAAUAUCGAGAUUGUAGGCGUUGAACAGCUUCCCGGUUAA